AUGAUUACUGCAAACAUAACCACAAUGAGUGGAUUUCUCCUCAUGGGGUUUUCUGACAUUCGUGAGCUACAGAUUUUACAUGGGUUCCUUUUCUUGGUGAUGUAUUUAUUAUCCCUGGCAGGUAAUCUCAUCAUUAUCAUCAUCACCACGUUGGACCAGCAUCUCCAAGCCCCAAUGUAUUACUUCUUAAAGCACCUUUCCCUUCUGGAUCUCUCCUUCAUUUCAGUUACAGUCCCACAGUCUGUUAAUAAUGCUCUGAUGAAUGAUGGUUACAUUUCUCGUAGUCAGUGCACGCUCCAGGUUUUCUUCUUCACAUCUUUUGUUUCAGCUGAGGUGGCCAUUCUCACAGUGAUGUCCUAUGACCGCUAUAUAGCCAUCUGCUUCCCACUGCACUAUGAGGUCAUCAUGCAUCCUUGUAAGUGUAAGUGGGCUGUAGUAGCUGUAUGGCUAAGUGGAAGCAUCUCUGGAAUCUUGUACACAGCAAUCACAUUUUCUAUCACAUUCUGUAGAGUGAAAAUAAUCCACCAGUUCUUCUGUGAUGUCCCCCAGUUGAUAAAGCUCUCCUGCUCCAAUGAUUACCUUGGAGUUGUUGGAGUUAACAUUUUCAUGGCUAUGAUGGGAUUGAUCUGCUUCACCUCCAUUGUCCUCUCCUACAUCCACAUCUUCUCCACAGUUCUUAGAAUACCCUCUGCUGCGGGCCAAUCCAAGGCCUUCUCCACCUGCCUGCCCCACCUCUUUGUUGUCUCAUUUUUUCUAUCCACAGGUAUCUUUGACUUUCUCAAACCAACUUCAGAUUCUCCAACUGUUUUUGACCUUAUGAUUUCUAUCUUUUAUACAGUGAUACCCCCAACUCUCAAUCCUAUUAUCUAUAGCCUCAGGAAUGAGGUCAUGAAAGAAGCUUUCAAAAAGUUGGUGUUGGGUAGAGAAUUCACCAGGAAAAAAAUAUUUUUGUCCUUCUGUUGA